CGGGAGGGUCAAGAUGGCGGCCACUGCUCUUCCAGAGCCGUUGCAGCAGCAGAGGGGAGAGGAGAAUGGCUGCGGAAACAGUCCUAGUCCUGGGGAGUGAACAUGACACCUGUUUCAUGAAAAUUCUAACACCGCCUCUAUCACUUCUCAGCUGAGUUACCAUUCUAGGUAACUGGUGCAAUAUUAACACACUUGACUGUCAAUGAUGUAAGCCGGGGAUAAGAAGGAAAUGGACUCAGGUGAGGAAAAAGCUGACACGCCCUACCUACAUGCCCGCCGGAAGCUGGAGAACCUCCUCAACAAGAGCAUGCGCAUCCGAAUGACAGAUGGGCGGACCCUCGUGGGCUGCUUCCUGUGCACGGACCGAGACUGCAAUGUGAUUCUUGGCUCCGCCCAGGAGUAUCUCAAGCCCACAGACUCCUUCUCCGCCGGAGAGCCCAGAGUCUUGGGUCUGGCCAUGGUUCCAGGACAUCACAUUGUCUCCAUCGAGGUGGAGCUGGAGAGCCUGGCCUCCUUGCAGUACCUCCGAUGCACCGGCAGAGGGCAGCAGGCCUCCAACGUUUGACCAAACUGAGGGGGUGGGGAAUGCGGGGAAGGGACACAGGCCCCAGUUUGCUGCAGGGCAAGAGACGUUUCUCCUCCCUUCCCGGCUAGACCCCGGUUUUCCCUAGGCCGUUGCCAGGGAAGGAAGCUUUCCUGCCAAAGCUGGACUGGACCAGUGCAUGCACCGUGGAACAGGACACGCCCCCUUCUCCAGGACUUGGAAAGGGGUGGACUUCAUGUUUGCGUUUGUCAAAUGUUUGCUAAAUCUGGAAAAGAAUCCCAUUGCUGUUCUGAA